AUGGCUGAUGCAGACAAUGCCACUCGAGCUCCCGAGAGCGAUGCGCAGGAGAAUGUUGCUCCUACAGCUCCGGCUCCCGUCGUGGGCGAGCAUUGUGUAACUGACAGACCUACACCUUCGGGUCAGGCGUCCACUGGCGAGAUGAUCAAGCUCAACGACGUUGAUGUCUACAUCUCCAAGCCGGUCGACUAUCCCCACACACCGUCCCGUCUACUUCUCCUACUCACGGGCGGCACCGGCAUCAAGUCGGUCAACAAUCAGAUUCAGGCUGACAGGUACGCGGGCGAGGGCUAUCUCGUCCUCAUGCCCGAUAUGUUCGGAGGUGACUCGGCCCCCGCCGCCACCACCAUCACCGACGACUCCACCUCGAUCCUUGAGCAGUUCAAGCUCAAGGCUGUUGAAGUCACCAAGUCGUUUCUCAUCGACAUGUGGUUGGCCCGUGUCACCGAGGACCGCGUCAUGCCGAUCCUGCACAAGGUCAUUGACGCCGCCAAGGAGCAGUACGCUGAUGCUAUCAAGCAGGGUGGUGGCAUCUAUGCAGUUGGAUACUGCGUCGGGGCGCGCUUCGUGUUGCUUCUUGCGAAGAAGUCGCAGGCCACGGGUGGGGACGAGGAGAGCGGAGCUGUCAAGACGGGACCAUUCAUCAAGGCCGGUGCGUUGGCUCAUGCUGCGUCAGUUGUACCGGACGACUUCGAAAACCUCAGCGUCCCACUGAGCUUCGUGUGUGUUGAGAAUGAUCCCCUGUUCCCCGAUUCCGUUCGCAUGGGGGGCGAGGAUAGGAUGUCUCACGCAAACCUCAAACAUGAAGUGAUUGUGUACCCUGGCGUUCCACAUGGGUUUGCUGUGGUUGGGUCAUAUCAGGAUGUCAAUAUUCAGGAUGCUCAAGUUACGGCAUAUGAGCAGAUGCUCGACUGGAUUCAGGAGCAUUAA